AUGGCGCCUCCCACCGAGCUGGGCCGCUAUAGAAUCUUGUCUUCUAUUGCGGGGAUUCGUGUUUCUCCCUUGCAGCUUGGGACAAUGUCCCUCGGAGGGGUGUGGUCACAGGUCAUGGGCAGUGCUGGCAAAGAAGAGUCCUUUAAACUCCUUGAUGCUUACGUCGAGGCUGGGGGGAAUUUCAUUGAUACGGCCAACAACUACCAAGACGAACAGUCCGAGAUCUUCGUGGGAGAAUGGAUGAACCAAAGGCAGAAUCGAGACCAGGUUACGCUCUCAUACAAACAGCACGAAAUUGGGGCAGGCACCGCUAUCAACUUCUCCGGAAACCAUCGUCGAAGCCUCCAUAUGUCAGUCAGAGACUCUUUGAUGAAACUUCAGACUCAGUGGAUCGAUAUUCUGUAUCUCCACAUGUGGGACUGGUCAACUUCGAUCCCCGAAAUAAUGGACUCUCUGCAUUUCCUGGUACAGCAAGGCAAAGUGCUGUAUCUUGGCGUGUCUGACACGCCGGCGUGGGUCGUCGCUGCGGCCAACGAAUACUCCACCUCCCGUGGAAAGACACCCCAAGAGAUUGAGAUGAGUGAGGCGCUUAAGGAGGUAGCCAAGCAGCAUGGGGACGACGUAUCCAUUACGGCUGUCGCUCUGGCAUACGUGAUGCACAAGGCCGGCCGAGUGUUCCCAAUCUGCGGAGGCCGCAAGGUGGAGCAUCUCAAGGAUAACAUUCGCUCGCUCGAGCUUGCAUUGACUCGUGAGCAAGUAGAAAAGCUUGAGACCACUGCUCCUUUGGAUAUUGGUUUCCCGGGCAACUUUAUUGGGGAUGACUCAGCCGUAACAGGCAAGACGAACCCUUUCAUCGACAACGUUGCGCCCAUAUCCUGGUCGACGGGUCCGAAACCCCUCCAAGAGAGCUGA